UUUAAGGAAACAGGGAAGUACAUACAUACACAACUUCAAACCGAAAGUGAUUCUGAUCAGACACUGGUGGUGGUUGUGCGCUUUUGCUACAGGGUAACAACACCUAGCUGUUUCUGAGAAGCGGGGGAAACGUUGCAAAACCGAGAUGGAUGACGACGCAGUCGACAUGGCGUCAGACAACAGUCUGCCAUUAGGAAUUGGGGCUUCCGCCUUCGGGAGUGAAAAUGGGGAUGAAGAGGACGACGUGAUUCCCCAGAGGACACUUCCAUUCGCCCUUGAAUACUCUGGUCCUGUGGGACAACAUGUGGAGAGAGCAGAGUCCCCUGCAUCUAGUUAUGCUUCCAUGCAGAGUGACAGCUGGUCAGAAACAAGAGAAGAGCAUGAACCCAAUCGCACACAGGUUCAGUUGUACAGACGGGACUCUUCUGCUUCUAGCAGUGAAGAGUUUAACAGUGAUGAUGAGGACAUGAAUAUGGAGGCGAAUGCUGAAGAAAGCACACGGAAGAAGACCAAGAAGGAAGGAGCCGUGAAACAACAGAAUGUUCCUCCUCCUGUAAAGCCAGAGUUGGUAGUAGAUCCAAACGAAAAAAGGCAUCCAGCAAUGACGGUGGCAUUCGCUUUUAGUGCUCUCACAAGCUGCCUAAAGAAACUUACAGAGGACGAAUUAAAGCACUUCAAAAAACUGCUGUGGGAUAGAUAUCCGGAGCGCUUCCGUGAUCCGUUGGAUGGACUUGAUCUUGUAGAUCUGGUAGAUAAGAUGCUAGAGCUUUGCGACAUUGAGGUGUCUCUGAAAAUCACGCUGGCACUCUUUAACAUCAUGAACUUUAAGAAGCUGGUUGAAUAUCUGCAAGGACUAUGCAAAAGAAACGAAGUGCGCUAUGAGUUGAAACUGACUCUGAAGAGGAAGUAUGAAAUGGUUUAUGAGGGUUUUAGUCAACAAGCACAACCGGUCCCGUUUGAGUCGGUCUAUACAGACCUUUACAUUUCAGAUGGCGUUAAUGCAUCAAUCAACAGUGAGCACGAGUUCAGAUCAAAGAUAGAAGAGCUGGAAGAGACCGGAAAAGUCAACAGAACGCCGUUAACCGGACAUGACAUAUUUUCCCAGGAGAAUGUAAGGUCAAGGCACAUAAGGUCAGUGUUAUCCAGAGGAGUCCCAGGAUGUGGCAAAUCAUUUGCGGUGCAGCGUUUCAUCCUCGACUGGGUGGAUGGAAAAGUCCACCCGGGUGUUUUCUUUCUCAUUCCUCUGCAGUUCAAGGAGCUGAAUAAGAUGCUAGAAGGAGAGUAUACUCUCAUGACUCUAGUCAGCACCCUCUAUCCAGAAAUGAAAGAAAUAGAUACUCUCGAUUUCGAGGGCUGUCUGGUAAUGUUCAUAUGCGACGGUCUGGAUGACACUCAAAUCCCCUUUAAUUUCCGGAGGACGGUGUAUUGGUGUGAUGCAACCAGGCCUACGACUGUGCAAGUGUUGAUCACCAACCUCAUCAGAGGGAACCUGCUGUAUAACGCCUAUGUGUGGACCAUUUCUAGAGCGGGAGCUCUAGAUGUGAUCCCACCAGAACACGUCCACCAGCUUCUGGAGGUUCGUGGCUUCAACGAUGAACAGAAAGUGGCCUAUUUCAGAAAGACGAUCACCAACCGAGAGCUCGCUGAGAGGGUGAUUGCUCACAUCAGGUCUUCCAAGACGUUGUUUAUUAUGUGCCACUUGCCGCUGUUCUGCUGGGUGGCAUCUAAAGUGUUGCAGCGACAGUUCCAGUCUCUUCCACCAUCGGCAAAGCUGCCCGUAACUCUAACCAAUCUGUACACCUUUAUGCUGCAUGGUCACACUAUAAUGUCCAUUGAGAAACUGAAGACCGACCCCACUGAAGAAACCAAGGAUCUUACUGCUGAUCAGCUGCUCAUUAAGCUCGCAAAGCUGUCCUACAACAUGCUUGAGAAGAAUGAGUUUCAGAUGGAGAAAGAGCACUGGGACGACGUUGCAUUGCCGGAUUCGUACCCUGCCAUGGCCUGCACCGGUCUCUGCACUGAAUAUUACAGAGAGAAGUACAUGAUUUACACAGAGAAGGUGAGCUGUUUUGCUCAUCCGACCAUUCAGGAAUAUCUCGCUGCUCUUCAUGUAUUCUAUUGUCACAAGAAACAGGGGAAGAACGUCCUCGAGCAGGGCAAGCUGAGCAAAGUCUUGAAGGUGUCCUUGACCGACUUACUCAGGAGUGCAGUUGACAAAGCAUUAAGCUCCAAGAAUAGCAACUAUGAUCUCUUUCUACGCUUUCUGCUGGGUCUGUCUGUGGAGGCCAACCAGGAUCUGCUCAAGAACAUCCUGCAGAUCCCUACCAGCUCUAGCCAGAAUGCACGAGAGGAGAUAACUCGCUACAUCAGUAAGAAACUCAAAGAAGGCCACUUUCCAGAAAAGACUGAAAACCUUUUGCGGUGCAUUGAUGAACUUAACCCACAGUAACACUGUGAUGAACUUACGAGAAUCAUGCUGUUGCAUAGUUUCAUGCCAUAAGUGAGGUGGUAGAAAAAUGUGUGAAGAUUGUCUACCAUUCAGGUCUUGUAGUGUCCUCCAGAGGGACUUUUCCAUCAGUAAAGGACAAGUUCUGUUUAAACUAGGGUGAGCAGACGUGCCAUUUUCCAGGGACACGUUCUGGCCAGGAUAUUGCCUAAAAUAGCCAGGGCAGAUCAAUCGUUGUGUGAAAUCAAAGUACCGCGAGAGCAAUUUGAAAGCAUAAGUAGCCGUCUGCUCUGCUCUCUACGGUACUUAUAUGUCAUACAACGAUCGAUCUCACAGCACAAACAGCCAAAACCUGAUUAUUUUAGGCAACACUGAAAUCCUGGCCAGAACGUGUCACUGGAAAAUGGCAUGUCUGGUCACCUAAGUUUAAACACUAACCCCUGGUUUCACAGACAAGGUUUAAGGCUAGUCUCAGACUAAAAUGUUUGAGCUGUCUCAACUGAAAAUAUCUUGCUCUGACAUACACUAUAUUGCCAAAAGUAUUGGGACACCCCAUUCUAAUGAACAGGUUUGACUACUUAUAUAGUAGAAUAUGUUAGUACCAGUUUUUAUGUCUUAAAAUAUGUUAGUACCAGUGUUCUAUCUCAAGAUGCACACCUGUAAUGUUUUCUUCCAAGGCAUUUUUAUAAAAGCUGCUUCAAUAUCUUAAUUUAACUAAGGCUUAAGUUAAGCCACGUUUGUGAAACCGGGCUUAUGAUGUUUAACAACAUUGUUUGGACAGUUGCUUAGUUACUUGACAUAGUUCAUAUUCCUUUAAAUAAAUUCUAAGUGGAGGAUUGCUGUGAAAGUAUAUACACAUUUGAAAUGAUAGUAUUGAAUGGAAUUAUCAAACCCAAAACACAUCCAUAAAAUAAAGAGCUUUUCAAAUGUCA